AUGCGCCGAGACCGGGAUUGUCACAGCUGCAAGUCGAGGAACAUCAAGUGCGACUUGAAUCGCCCAUCAUGCUCGCAAUGUCUUGAAGCCAACAUCACCUGCGGCGGAUAUCCGCAGCGCGUCAUUUGGGCCGCGGAUCGCUCGGCCAAGGACUCUCACGCUGUUCCCUUGGCAGCCCCAGCUUCAGCUUCCGGCUCAGCCUCAUCUCUGGCUUCGCCCUCGGCCUCGUCGUCGUCGUCAAAUGCCACCAAGGUGUCCAAGAGGCAGCGCAGAGAGCCCAAGUCGAAGCUGUCCGACGGCAAUGCCUUGUCGCCAGAGCAAGACUUGAUAAAGACGCCAACCAGCGAUGCCGCUGCGCCAAAGAGCGAAAGUCCCGUCUUGGAGCUGCGUCACAUGCCCGCCACAGACCGAAACAGCUUCAUCACCAGUCUCAUCGCCUUUUACCAACACAUUAUAUCAUCAGACGGAUCAGCGGCAGACCAUGGCCAUUAUCUCUCGUCCGAGGCUGUGGGACUCAUCUCCAAGCUGCACGAUCUGAUGAAGGCGCGUAUCGAGGGCCGCUUGGCCGGGCCGUUUGCUGGGGGCGACAUGUGGGACUCGAUAGAUACGGCUCGCCACCGCCUUGCCGCCUUGAUUGGCCUCAACGAGGCUCUUGAGGCCGCAAACCCCUUUGCUUUUCUGGGAAUUGCUGCCUUUGCAGUGCUAGAAGUGUGCGACAGUCCUUUUGGCGAAUGGCAGCGACACCUCCACGGCGCCAAAUCCCUUCUAGAUUACCAUUGUGCCGAUCCGCCGGCCUUGGAACAGCUGUCCCAUACCGUAACAGGUUUAACAGAGAUUGUUGCCAGACUGGUCUGGUGGGACACACUCGGCGCCAUUGCCAGAGGCAGUAAGGGUCUUAUAUUUGAUGACUGGCAUCGGCAGACUCUCGACCAAAGCAUCUUUCAGGUUGUAGGCUGCUCGGCAGACACGUUUGAUCUGUUUAGCCGGGUGGCCAAGGGCGAAGUAGCAACUGAUGCCCUGAGCUGCUGUAUAUUAGCCAUGGACCAGCUUGCCAAGAUCGAUAUGGACGAGUCUGCCUGGGUCCUCUCGGCCAACGUCAACAGAUGUGCAUCCGCGAUUGCGGUGCUGGCCCAGCUUGAGGACACAGCACAUGAUGAUGCACAGAGAGCCAUGAACUCGGCCGUUGAGCGUGCCUGCCAACUGAUUUCUCGCAUGACGCCAUCCUCCAUCUACUAUAUUCACGUAGCCGUAUCGGCAUAUUUAGCCGGCAUGCACGCCACCUCGACACGUCAAUGCCAAACUCUACGUGCAUACUGGCAUCACUGCAAUCAUGCAGGUGUCCAGCGUUACCCCGAUGGCUUGGCAAAAUGCGAAGAGCGGUGGAGAGCUAGAGGACUGACGGGACGUGUUGAGUAA